CAAAAGUGUUUGGCUGGUUGGCAGCUGAGUGAAAAUCUCAAGUGAGAAAUUAUUAAAGAAACGGAAUUUUCUUGGUUGCAAGCUAAUAUUGGCAGAGACCCUUCUCCACCAUCCAAUCGUCUCUGCGUAAAAAGAAGGAAGAAGAAGAAGAAGAGAACACACUUCUUUUUUCCGGGGUUCUAUUUCUCAUAUAGAUUCUCCACUUCUUGCUGCGAAACGGACUCUCAAGUCUCAACAGAAACAGAAGAAAAAGAAAAAGAAAUCUGUUCUUCGUCCGUUUUCCUCUGCUUUUGCUUUCUGAUUUUGUUCUGGGGCUAACUUCUUUCUUGUUGGUUUUCCUGGAACGAAAGCUUCACACUUUCCCUCGCUCUGUAGCGAACCCAUAUCGCCAUUUCCCCCUGCUUCAGCUUUUCCUUCGUCUCCCAAGUCACAUUCGCCUAUUUCGGUUCUGGGUUUCAUCGACCGGCUCAGUAUUGUCUUGAAUAAUGCGAGGAUCAAGUGGUUUACAGACUGAAGGAGAACUGAAGGUAAGUUUUGGCUACCAAUGCAAUGGCAGUGGUUGUGAAACCCAUAAUCCAGAACCUAUCCUCCAAAGGAACAGCAGCUUCUCUUGUUUAUCAGGCGCCGCCUUGAGUGCUAAUGCCACAUUGGCCAACACAAACAUGUGCAACGGUCUCAUAGGUGCAGAAAUUCUCCCCAGUUGGGACUCCCCCAAAUCCUUCCGGAGGAUCCCCUCAUCUUCAUCAUUUUCCAAGCUCGACAUACUCUCGUCUUCUCUCCAAAGCACCGGGUCAUACUUGAGCUGCAGCCCAUCUUCUCCAAGCCCACUUGACUAUGAAUCCAUGAGUGCACCCUCAAAAUCUGAAGGCUUUCUGAACGCCAUGGAAGUUCAAGUGGCUGGUGGAGCUGCUGGUGAAGACAGAGUUCAAGCUGUUUGCUCUGAAGAAAAUGGAUGGCUGUUCUGUGCUAUCUAUGAUGGAUUCAACGGAAGGGAUGCUGCUGAUUUUCUAGCUGGAACAUUGUAUGAAACUAUCAUAUUUCAUACUAACUUGCUGGACUGGGAUUCAAAUCAGGAUGUUGUCAAGGCUUCGAAUGUAUGCCCUGAUGCCUUCCUUCGAUGUGCCCUUGAAGAAGGGAAUGAUGCUUCUCUUGGGACUCGGGAUAACCAUGAUUAUGGAGAUUCCUUCAGAGACAAGGUACUUGAUAGCCUACAACGUGCAGUUGCCAAGGCUGAGAAUGAUUUCCUGUACAUGGUAGAGCAUGAAAUGGAGGAUAGACCAGAUCUUGUCUCGGUGGGGUCUUGUGUGUUGGUUGUUCUUCUUCAUGGGAUGGAUUUGUAUACCUUGAACUUAGGUGAUAGCAGAGCUGUAUUGGCAACAUAUGAUGAAGACCAUAAUAAGCGGUUAAAAGCUGUCCAGCUAAGUGAUUGCCACACCGUGGAUAAUGACCUUGAGAGAGCUAGGGUUAUUAGUGAGCAUCCUGAUGAUCCUGCUACUAUAGUUGGAGGCAAAGUAAAGGGGAAAUUGAAGGUCACUAGAGCUUUCGGAGUUGGUUACCUGAAAUCGAAGAAGCUGAAUGAUGCUCUGAUGGGUAUCCUCCGUGUCAGAAACCUAGUAAGCCCACCGUAUGUCUCCACUGAACCAUCUUUGAAUGUGCACAGAAUAUCGAAAUCGGAUCACUUUGUUAUAGUAGCAAGCGAUGGCCUUUUCGAUUUCUUCACCAAUGAGGAGGCAGUGGAGCUUGUCCAUUCCUUUAUGGUUAGCAACCCUUCUGGCGAUCCAGCAAAGUUUGUCUUGGAACAGCUUGUCAAGAGAGCUGCUGCUUGUGCAGGUUUUAGCAUGGAGGAAUUGAUGAACAUCCCGGCUGGCAGGAGGAGGAAAUACCAUGACGAUGUCACUGUAAUUGUCGUCAUUCUUGGAACAAACCAGAGAACCUUGAAGGCAUCAACGUUUGUAUGAGGGGCUUCUGUUGUCACUCUAUGAUGUGCUGUACAUUUUGUCAAGGUGUUGACAAUGAAAAGCCUCCUAAGAUUAGUCUUCUGUAAAUAAGUAGGGGAACAUUUUUGCAGGGUUUUAAUGGUUUCUUUCUCUAUGAAUGUUUCUUUGGAAUAAAAGACAUACAGGAAACCAUUUUUGAUCUUUUUGGAAGGGAAGAAGCUUUAGAGAAUUCCAACCAUGUGCAAUGUUGGAAGCCUAGAAGGCUAUUGCUUUUCUGGCCUUUUGGUUUGGCUGAUCUUUCUAUUUGACUGGUUUUCCAUUAGCUCUAAGCAACACCAGGAAAAGCCACCUUUUUAGAAUCUUUCCCCCUAUCAUCCAUGACCAGCCAUUGUGGGAACCUAAAACUAUCUGCAGCCCUUGUUUGAAUUAGGUCAUUGCCAGAAAGUAUGUUCAUUGUGUUCUCUUCUUCAGGAAGCCAUUGUCAAUGCAUUCUGCUUAGAUACUUUUUGGUAGAAAGACAGGAUGCCUAAUACAUUGAUCACAAUUUGCAGAGGGGCAGGUGAUAUCUCUUUUUAGCUAGACAAUCUGGUUAAAGUUUCUUUUUUUC